AUGUCUUCAAGUUCCACUCUUUGUUCGAUAUUGGGUAUUUCAUCGGCGGAGCGCGUUCAAGCUCAUUACGAAGGUGCUCGUACUCAUUUGUUCAAUUCCAAUGAACAUUUACGUCAAAGUUCACAUGAACAGAAAUUAUAUGCCAAAUAUGUUGCAGCAAACGAACCCGCUGGUCCUACCAUCUAUUCCUCAAAAGGUGAACACUUUACGGAAGUAUGUCCAUCGCUAAAACGUUUCAUCGAUAAUGAACUCAAAUUGGAUUUAAAAUAUUUUGGAUAUAUGGAAUAUGCCUAUGGAUUGGAAGAACAUCGACAACUGUUCAAGAAAAUCGUAAUCCGAGAUCAUCAACUGGAAGAUGAUCUUAUUCAACCAGAUUUCUUUGAAGUCGGAUGUUUUAUGAAUUCCACACGUUUGGCUAUGUAUGAUUUAGGAAGAGUCAUUUUGAAAGAACUCAACGAAAAACAAUCGACGAGACAACCAGUUGUAUUGUCGUUUGAACCCGGAUGGGAUUACGCCGGUGUUUUUGAAAGUCUUCAAAUGAAAGUACUUCAUCUACCACUAACACCGAAAGCGGAAUUCAAACCUGACUUGGAUGAAUGGUCAAAAUUCUUGAAAGAACAAAAAGUUGACCAGAUCGAUUUAAUUAUCAUCAACACACAACAUAAUCCAACUCCGGUGUCAACUCGUUGGUUUCAAACACGUCCAUUUGGAAAACAAUUCAAUUGUAAUGCGAUGGGUAUUGCGGCUAUUAGUUCGUCCCCUCAGUUGAUUGCUAAAUUAAAUGAACUCUAUUGGAAUCAUAACUAUAUCAAUGGAUGUGUUAAUGCUGAAAUUAUUUGUCAAUGGUUGAGAAACCAUCAACAAGAGGCUGAUCAAUUUAUUGUUGACAAUGGUCUCGAACUUUUUCGAAAGAAAGAGUUUGUUCGUCGAUUCAUGGAAAAUGAGCUGGGUUAUCCUUCUCGAUCAAUCUGUACGGGCCCAUGUACGUCUUAUGUCAUAUUUGAAGCACCAUUGGUGUAUUUGGAAGAUUCGACAAAGAAGAACUCGGAAAUUGCAGAACAAUUCUCAGAUGAUCUGUAUUUUGCAACAGGUGUUUUACUCAGUGGAGAAUUUGUUAGUCGUUCCAAUGUAGCAGCAUUUGUUCGAAUACAUCUCGGAUCAGAUCCAGCAAAUAUUGAAGAAAUGAUGAGACGAUUUAAAGCAGCAGGAUUAAAUUAUCAUAUGAAGAAGAAAUUCGAUGUUAGCAAAAUACUUGAAGAAACAAUCACAACUAAAUUAUUGAAAAUGGUUCAUCAUUGA